AAAAGACGAGUCAAGAGGGAGAAAGACCCAAACGCACCCAAGCGACCCCUGUCGGCUUACAUGUUUUUCAGUCAAGACUGGCGUGAACGUAUCAAGACCGAAAACCCCGAGGUUUCCUUCGGUGAGAUUGGGCGGCUGUUAGGUCUCAAAUGGAAAAGUCUCGGUGAAGAAGAGAAGAAGCCUUACGAGGACAUGGCUUGUCGUGAUAAAAAACGACAUGAAACGGAGAAAGCAGAGUACGAACGU